UCGCUGUAUUUAAAGAGGCGGCAGCAACAUGGCUCGCGGGCUUGUCAGGCGCGAGUCGGUGGAAACGGAGAUGCACAAAUCCGAGGACAAAGCGACAACUUUCGUUUUCACCAAGAAGAGGGGCUACGAUGUUACCCGAACCCCCCACCUGAACAAGGGAUUGGCUUUUUCCUUGGAGGAGCGUCUCCAGUUGGGAAUCCAUGGCCUUCUGCCUCCAUGCUUUAUAAGUCAAGACGUCCAGCUGCUCCGCGUCCUCAAAAACUACGACAUGACGAGAGAUGACCUUGACAGAUAUGUGUUCCUGAUGGGGCUUCAGGAUCGCAACGAGAAGCUCUUCUAUCGGUUUAUUACAUCAGACGUUGAGAGGUUUAUGCCCAUCAUUUACACUCCAACUGUGGGCCUGGCCUGCCAGCAGUAUGGCCUCAUCUUUAGAAGACCGAGGGGACUCUUCAUCACUAUCCACGACAAAGGCCACAUAUCUUCAAUCCUCCAAAACUGGCCGGAAAAAAACAUCAAGGCAGUGUGUGUGACGGAUGGAGAGAGGAUCCUUGGACUGGGGGAUCUGGGAUGCAAUGGCAUGGGCAUCCCUGUUGGAAAGCUGGCUCUGUACACAGCCUGCGGAGGCAUGUCGCCACAGCAGUGCCUGCCCGUCAUGCUGGAUGUCGGCACAGAUAAUGAGGCACUGCUAAAAGAUCCCCUGUACAUCGGACUGAGGCACAAGAGGGUUCGAGGCCAGGCCUACGAUGACCUGCUAGAUGAAUUUAUGACGGCAGUUUCAGACAGGUAUGGAAUAGACUGUCUGAUUCAGUUUGAGGACUUUGCAAACGUCAACGCUUUCCGUUUGCUGAGCAAGUAUCGUAACAAGUUCUGCACGUUCAACGAUGACAUUCAAGGCACAGCUGCAGUAGCUGUAGCUGGACUCCUGGCUGCCCUCCGGAUCACCAGAAGCAAAAUGUGUGACCACACCAUUGUGUUCCAAGGGGCAGGAGAGGCUGCGAUGGGCAUCGCUGAGUUGAUCACCAUGGCCAUGGAGAAGGAGGGACUUACCAAGGAGGAGAGUUUGAAGAAAAUCUGGAUGGUCGAUUCGAAGGGACUCAUUGUUAAGGGUCGAGACCACCUGACUCACGAGAAGCAGGUGUUUGCUCAUGAACAUCCUCAGAUGAAAAGUUUAGAAGAAGUGGUCAGAGAGCUGAAACCCACCGCUAUCAUUGGUGUGGCAGCUGUUGCUGGAGCCUUCUCUGAGCAGAUCAUCAGGGACAUGGCUUCCUUUAAUGAACGCCCAAUCAUCUUUGCUCUCAGCAACCCAACCAGCAAGGCUGAAUGUACAGCAGAACAGUGCUACACGUACACAGAGGGCCGUGCCAUUUUUGCUAGCGGCAGUCCGUUUGACCCUGUCACCCUGCCUGAUGGGAGGACGUUUUUCCCUGGUCAGGGCAACAAUGCCUACAUCUUCCCCGGUGUGGGCUUGGGUGUCACUGCUUGCACUUUACCACAUAUUACUGAGGACAUCUUCUUGACUGCAGCAGAGGCUCUAGCUCAGUUGGUGACGGAGAAAGACCUGGCAGAGGGAAGACUUUAUCCUCCUCUCAGCUCCAUCAGGGACGUUUCUCUUAAACUGGCCGUUAAGAUUGUGGAGUAUGCGUAUGAGCACAACAUGGCCACACUUCGCCCGGAGCCAUCAGACAAAGCAGCCUACGUUCACUCCAUCUGCUACAGCACUGACUAUGAUGACUUUGGUGUUGACUCAUACUGCUGGCCUGAGGACUGUGUGACUGUGCAGUCAUGUAAACUUUGAUCCUCCAGACACAGAAACUACAAGAGCACUGAAAUAUGCAAAGUAACUACUGAUGUGCAAUGUUAUCUGAAGACAAGAUGCUGGGAGGGGAGAGGGGAGCAUGGCCACAGGGGGGUCUGUGUACAAAAUUUACCCACUAAUAUAUUCCUAUACUUUCAAAUGAAUACUGACAACACAAGAAAGAUCAGUUAGCAGAAUCGUAAWGAAUUGCACAAAUGGGUUUCACAUUACUUUAAAGUGAAAUAUCUGGGGAAGGUGUUUUUGGAGGUUAAUGUUGAUUGUACUGUGAUAGACAUUCACUUUAAGCCUGUGUCUACAAAAUCUAAAAAAAAAAAACUCUUGCCAAAUAAAGUUUUGAUUAAAUUUCCUAAUUCCUGA